CAAAACCGAGGGACGAGCCAGGAGAGCGGUGAAGUGCAGAGACAGAGACACAGAGAGACAGACAGAGAGGUAGGCAGGAAAGAGGGGAAGCCGUGGACAAUCUCACUAACAGCGAUCAGUGUCGGUUCCUGGAGGAUGUCUGCGACCUCAGUGGAUCAGAGACCUAAAGGACAAGGAAAUAAAGUGCAAAACGGAUCAAUGCAUCAAAAGGAUGGUGUGAAUGAUGAUGAUUUUGAGCCUUAUUUAAGCGGCCAGACAAAUCAGAGUAACAGCUAUCCACCAAUGUCUGACCCCUACAUGCCCAGCUACUAUGCUCCAUCUAUUGGUUUCCCUUACUCUCUGGGAGAGGCUGCUUGGUCCACAGCAGGAGACCCUCCAAUGCCCUACCUUACAACUUAUGGACAGAUGAGCAAUGGUGAGCCGCACUUCAUCCCUGAUGGUGUGUUCAGCCAGCCAGGAGCUCUGGGGAAUACCCCUCCAUUCCUCGGCCAGCAUGGCUUCAACUUCUUCCCUGGCAAUGCAGACUUUUCCACCUGGGGUACCAGUGUCUCUCAGGGACAGUCCACACAAAGCUCAGUCUACAGCAAUAGUUAUGGUUAUGCCCCCAGCUCACUCGGUCGAGCCAUCACGGAUGGACAAGCAGGUUUUGGAAGUGACACCCAGCUCAGUAAGGUGCCGGUACUGAAUAGCAUUGAGCAGGGUAUGGCAGGGCUAAAACUAGGUACAGAUAUGGUAGCAGCUGUCACCAAAACUGUGGGGUCACCUUUAGGAGGCACCACAGGUAUGACCAGUAUGGCAGCCAAUAACCUCCCUCCUUCUGUCAGCUUGGCAGCACCUAAACCUGCCUCCUGGGCAGCCAUUGCCAAGAAGCCAGCCAAGCCACAGCCCAAGGUCAAACCCAAAGCCAACAUGGGGAUGAGUGGACUCGCCACCAUUCCCCCGCCCCCCAUAAAGCACAAUAUGAACAUUGGUACUUGGGACGAUAAGGGCUCACUUAAUAAAUCCCCAUUAGCUCAGACUAUGAUGCCCCCACAGCCUCUUGUGCAGCAGCCUCUCCUAGCCCAUUCCCAACCCUUACUGCAGAACCCUUUGUCCCAUCAGCCACAACACCUGUCCCAUCAGCCUCAACACCUGUCCCAUCAGCCUCAACACCAACACCAACCCUUCCAGCUUCAGUCUCUCCAGUCCCCCCACACCCCAGCAUCUUGCCCCUGGCCCCACAUCUGCACCUCCCCUCAGCCUGGCCCCCCACAUAACCCUCAUCAGCAACAACCCCAGCACCCCGGUCCACCCCCCAACCGUUGGGUAGCUCCAAGGAACCGGGGUGAAGGCUUUGGACUGAGUGGGGGAGUCCCCCUUAGUGCCUCCCCUUGCUCUGGAGAAGUGCAUCCUGUGCUGGAGAAACUUCGUGCCCUCAACAACUACAACCCCAAAGACUUUGACUGGAACUUGAAAAAUGGACGUGUUUUCAUUAUCAAGAGCUACUCGGAAGAUGACAUCCACCGCUCAAUCAAAUAUUCUAUCUGGUGCAGUACAGAACAUGGCAACAAACGCCUGGAUGGUGCCUAUCGCUCACUGGGCAACAAGGGACCCCUGUACCUGUUGUUCAGCGUCAACGGCAGUGGGCACUUCUGCGGUGUGGCAGAGAUGCGCUCACCGGUGGACUACAAUGCCUAUGCAGGUGUCUGGUCUCAGGACAAGUGGAAGGGCAAGUUUGAGGUGAAAUGGGUUUUCAUCAAAGACGUGCCCAACAACCAGCUGCGACACAUCCGGCUGGAGAACAAUGACAACAAGCCAGUGACCAACUCCAGGGACACUCAGGAAGUGCCUCUGGAGAAGGCUAAACAAGUGCUUAAAAUUAUCGCCACUUACAAGCAUACCACCUCAAUCUUUGAUGAUUUUGCACAUUAUGAGAAACGUCAGGAAGAGGAGGAGGCUAUGAGGAAGGAGCGCAAUAGAAAUAAACAGUAACCUUCAAGCGAGAGCCGCCUGCUUCAAGUGCAACACUAACGAUGUAGGACCUUAAAUAAAAAUUUGCCUAACCAGGAGGGGGAAGAAGCAACAAUCUCUUGCAAUCUCUUCCCUACCGAAGACGACAACGUAUCUGAACACUUGAACACGACAAUAGAUGGACUCAUCUGUAUCUGUUGACCGGUGGCGUCAAAACCCUGUGUCUCCCCGUCUCACAAGAAAAAUGAACCCACUUUGAGAACUCUGUCUUUUAAGCACUUUCAGUCCUUCUAAACGGCCUGUACCAGUACCCUUAACUCUCUAACUCUGUUACUCUUUGAUUUUGUUUGUGAGCGACUAACUGACUAACCCCCGAGGAGUCAGACCAGUUUUCACCAGGCUUAUUUGUAAUUUUUUUAAUGCCUCAAAUGUUUGGGAUAUUGGCGAGCCUCACUGGCUCCCGAGGAGAAUUAAAUCUGAUAUUACGUUUAAAUUAAUCUUGUACUUGAAUUUGUGUUUUAGCCAUGUGACGGAGGCUGCGUGUGAUUGACAGGUGGGAUGAAACAGCCACAUUCAUGCCAAUCACUGGAUGUAUCCUCUCUCUUUCUCUCUCUCGACCUGUUCCCUUCCUCUCUGCAUCUGUUUCUAUGUACCAAAAGAUACAGUUAUGCAGUGGGUUGGCACGCGCCGGCCAGUGCACACCUUUUUGUUUUUCGUUUGAUUUUUCUCUCGCUCUGUCUUGUGAUUCUGUCAUUCUGAAGUGCAUUUGUCUGAGGAGAAACCUGCUGCUCUGAUAGGAAUCUGACGUUGAUGUACUCGACUGUACCUCAGGCUCAAUCAGACUGUCUGUCCUCAACAAUUCUUAGCACUUUUGGGAAAACCCUCCCACACGACCACCCCUCCUGCUCAGCUUGAACGGGGGCUUCCCCAAGACGGCAAGACAUCAACUGCAAGAAUGUGACAGUUUUCUCCUCUAGGUAACUCGCAAGCUAAAUAAAAAUUACCCAUGUUUAGCGCAA